AUGACUCUAACUACCAUGGUUGGAGUAAGGUGCUGCUUCAAACUCCUCUGUGCAAUUGUCGUGCUCAUUUUACUACACAUGAACAAUCCUUGCAUUGGAUGCAGCGAGAGGGAAAGGCAGGCACUCCUUGCGCUUAAACAAGGUCUCGUGCCUGCAUACACCUUCGUCGAUCCCUUCCUUUCCUGGGGAAGAGAAGCCCAAAACAAAGAUUGCUGCCAAUGGAAUGGAGUCCACUGCAGCAACCAAACUGGCCAUGUUGUUCAGCUUGAACUCCAUGAUGUGCAAGGUAAGAUUAGUCCUAAACUCAUUGAGUUGCAGCAUUUGGAAUAUUUGGACCUUAGUUUCAAUAAUUUCAGUGAGAGCCAAAUUCCAGAUUUCAUUGGAUCUCUGAGCAAUUUAAGACACCUCGAUCUCUCUUACGCAAAUUUUGGAGGUGUAAUUCCAUAUCAACUUGGAAACCUUACAAACUUGGAAUUUCUCUAUCUUGGAUGUCAAGAUUAUCCUUCUCGCUCUAUUUAUGCAAAAAAUCUGUAUUGGCUUCCUAAUCUUUCUCGUCUAAAAUACUUGGACCUAAGUUUCGUUAAUCUCAGUGAUGUUGUUGGUUGGCUGGAAGCAGUUAAUAUGCUUCCUAAACUAACAAACUUGGCAUUACGGGAGUGUAAUCUUCCUCCUCCAGUUAUAUCCUCUGUUUCUCUCUUGAAUUCUUCUAAAUCUCUUGUUGGUGUCGAUCUCUCCGAAAACAAUCUUAACUCAUCAAUCUUCCAAUUGUUGCCCGGUCCUCAUCCCAACCUUGUUUAUCUUGAUCUCUCGGAAAAUAAAUUGAGUGGAAGAAUACCUGAAAGUAUUGGACAGAUGUCCAAUCUUGUUGAUCUUGAUCUCUCGGGAAAUAAAUUGAGUGGAAGAAUACCUGAAAGUAUUGGACAGAUGUCCAAUCUUGUUUAUCUUAUUCUCUCGGAAAAUAAAUUGAGUGGAAGAAUACCUGAAAGUAUUGGACAGAUGUCCAAUCUUGUUCAUCUUGAUCUCUCGAAAAAUAAAUUGAGUGGAAGAAUACCUGAAACUCAUUUCUCGAAACUCCCCAAAUUAUGGUUUUUGGAUUUAUCCUCUAACUCACUAGUUUUAAACUUCAGUUUUGAUUGGGUUCCUCCCUUUCAAUUGCGUGAGAUAAGAUUGGGGUCUUGUAAGAUGGGGCCGUAUUUCCCGGAAUGGCUUCGAACUCAGAAAAGUUAUGACCUGCUGGAUAUUUCUGAUGCUGGAAUUUCUGAUACCAUUCCAACUUGGUUUUGGGAUUUGCCAAAUGACAUUGUGUAUAAGGAUUUGUCUCGCAAUCAAAUUAGAGGAAAUUUGAGUUCAGAGCUGGCAUAUAAUCAUUUAAAUGUGAGUUGGAACCAAUUGGAGGGUCCAAUCCCUUCAAUCCUAUCAAACGUAUCAAUUCUAGAUCUGUCCAAUAAUAAAUUUUCAGGGUCAGCUUCAUUAUUGUGCACAAGUACAACCGAGAAGAGUAAUUUAGAAUAUCUUGAUCUCUCAAGCAACCAUUUAUCCGGAGAUCUUCCAAACUGCUGGAUCCAUUUUCAACAAUUAGUCUUUCUUGAUUUGAGCAACAACUUUUUAUCUGGGAAAAUUCCUACCACGAUGGGAUACUUGUUUAGUAUCGAGACACUAAAACUAAAUAAUAACAGAUUCGUCGGAGGGUUGCCUUCACAAUUGAAGAAUUGCAUAAUGUUGACACUUCUUGAUGAGCAUCCCGCCACAGUUAUGCCAUCUUACACACCUUCAAAUUUUGGAUUUGUCGAUGAACAACAUCUCUGGAACUAUACCGAAAUGUCUCAACAAUUGGACUACUUUGGCUCAAAAAGGAACGUCAACUCUAACUAUGAAACAUGUGAUCCGUUCUCGGACUAUAUAGAUGAAGAAUAUGUAACAUGGAAAGGAUUAAGGUCUAAAUACAAAAAUACUCUGGGACUUUUAAAGAGUAUUGAUCUCUCAUGCAAUAAGUUGAGUGGUGAGAUUCCUACUGAAAUCACUUAUCUUGUUGGUGUGGUUUCUUUAAACUUGUCGAGAAACCAAUUAACAGGUCAAAUACCUUCAAGGAUUGGAAAUUUGGAGGAGUUGGAUUCUCUUGAUUUAUCAAGAAACCAGAUAAAUGGCAGAAUUCCAACAAGUCUUUCUUGGAUAUAUCGUAUUGGUUACUUGGACUUGUCACAAAACAACUUGUCUGGAAAAAUUCCAAUAAGCACUCAGCUCCAAACCUUUGUCUUUGCUUAUGGUGGAAAUCCUCUGCUUUGUGGAGAACCACUCCUAAGGACAUGCUCCGAGGAGGAAAAAGGUCCAGGACAACCAGUGUUGGUGAAUGAAGACGAUAAAGAUGGGCUCAUAACACAAGGAUUUUACAUCAGCAUGGGGCUUGGCUUUGCUGUUGGAUUUUGGGGAGUUUGCGGCACUCUUUUGCUCAACAGCGCAGGCACCUUUGAGAUGACAUGCUUCCCUUCAGUUGAAGAUGGAUGCGAUGAAGGACUCCUAUUUGUACUAGUUUUCGAGUAUUUGAGUGAUGAUAAGGGAUCUCACUGA